UAUAAACCUUUUCUCAUCAACAGUAUAUAGCAGUCUUGUGACUUCUAUCAGUGUCCAGCAGAGCAUUGGUUAAAGCUUGUAGGAGGAGUUUUCUUUCUGCUCUAAGAGGAUGCAAAACCCCUGACCCCCUAUCUGGACAGUGCUGAUUGGCCCUGUGCUGAUCACAUGCACUCUACCAAGAAAAAAAAAAAAAAACCUCUCUAGCAAUACACACUAAACUGAGCAUGUGCAUCUUACCCCCAAGGCUCUGUUCUAUCAGCAGAUGGAUUGGGGGCAGUAGAAAAAGUGGAAGAUCAAAAAAGACAGGAUCAAAAAUCCUUUUUUACACAAUGAGGAGGAUUAACCCCUUAGGUUCCACAAUGAGUAUAACA